AUGGUGGACUCCGAUUCGCAUACAGAAGGUGAUGGCUUUGCAGGGGAUCAAGGGCCCUUCUUACAGAUUCAUCUAUGGAAAUACCAAAGAAAUCUCCAACAUGAAAAGGAAGUCAUGGGCAGGCCUCACAUUUUAUCACACGACAUAUUUUCUGUAGUUCAACCUCACGUUCACUCGUGGACCAACAUAUAUGGGAAGAAUUAUCUUCAAUGGCAUGGUUCUCGAGCUCAGUUGGCAGAGCUUAUCCAAAAGAGAGGCCCCAAACAUUUCGAAGAAGCUAUUGGAGAUGGCCUUGUGGCAACAAACAAAGCUGAAAAAUGGGCAAAAUUGCGAAAGCUGGCCACCCAUGCUUUCCAUGGAGAGAGUUUAAAAAGUAUGAUUCCAGAUAUGGUAGCCAGUGCUGAGAAGAUGGUAGAAAGGUGGAAAGUUUAUGAAGGAAAAGAGAUUGAAGUGUUUGAAGAGUUUAGAUUGUUCACUUCGGAAGUGAUUUCGAGAACAGCAUUUGGCAGCAGCUAUUCAGAAGGACAGGACAUAUUUGAAAUGUUGAGGAAGUUAGGCUUCCUAAUAUUCAAAAAUAUUCUCAAAGUCAGGGUUCCUGUCAUCAGUAAGCUCUUCAAAACCAGCGAUGAGAUCGAAUCGGAAAAACUUGAGAAAGGAAUCCAUGCCUCCAUAAUAGAGAUGGUUAAGAAAAGAGAAAAGAAGACAAUGACUGGAGAAAACGACAGCUUUGGGAGUGAUUUUCUUGGAUUACUUCUGAAGGCUAAUCAUGAAGCCAAUGAGAACCAGAGGAUUUCGGUGCAGGAGAUAAUUGAUGAAUGCAAGACGUUUUACUUUGCCGGACAAGAAACCACUAAUACUUUGCUUUGUUGGACUGUUUUUCUUCUGGCACUCCAUACGGAUUGGCAAGAGGAAGCAAGAAAGGAGGUGCUACAAUUAUUUGGCAAACAAACUCCAAAUCUUGAUGGCAUUGGCAAACUGACAACAAUGAGUAUGAUCAUCAAUGAGACUCUAAGGUUAUAUCCCCCUGCUGUUCAAGUUCCAAGGAACGUCGAAAGGGAAGUUAGACUAGGAAAGCUGAUUGUUCCUAGUAAUCUUGAAUUGGUUGUCUCAAUCGUAGCAAUUCACCAUGAUCCUCAAAUCUGGGGACAAGAUGUGCAACUUUUCAAACCAGAGAGAUUCUCGGAAGGGGUUGCCAAAGCAACCAACAAUCAUGUAGGCGCAUUCAUACCCUUUUCAAUGGGACCUCGAAUUUGUGUGGGCUUAAACUUUGCGACAACAGAAGUGAAGAUUGCUUUGUCGAUGAUUCUACAACGUUACGCCUUCACCCUUUCCCCAGGUUAUGUCCACUCGCCCUUACAUCAUCUUGUUACAGUUCGUCCACAACAUGGAGUACAGGUUAGGCUACAACCACUUUGA